AUGGGAGAGACGGCCGAAUCACACAACUUGCCUUGUGGUGAUGGCUGCGGACAUGGGCCAACACGACGAGAACAUGCCGGCGUCACCAGCAUCCCAGGCAUGCUGGUCCGGGUGCGUCAGGUGACGAGUGCGUGGCGCUUGGCGCGGUUGAGUGCGUGGUUCAACGCUUCUGCGACAUCCCAGCCUCCCGACAAGGCCAAGGUGCGUGUGAGAUCGAGAUCCGUCCGCCCACGAGCCGUCACGCUGCGACGUGAUAAUUGGAUGGCUGGAGUGCGGUCCUUCCAGCAGAUGGAGCAGCGCCUCCCAGCUGAUUUGGUUCCGAUGAGCUGGCAAUGGCACGCAUUUGGAGGGGAGGGCUGCGCCGCCAAUGGCGUGGACGCCGUGGCAGUUAGCGGUGCUGCAGGGUGGUCUGAAACCUUCUUUUGCUUCUUUUCCUCCGGGAUGGGAUUAGCGGGUUGUCUCUCCGCUUGA